GGCGCUGAAGAUGCUUGGACUCGGCGCAUGUUCUGUGAGUGCUCACACGCUCUCCGAGGCCAGCUCUUUCACAGCCAGUGGGGUUGCCGAGUUGGAUUCCGACUCCCAGAGAUACGUCCUGGCCCUUCCAGAGGAAGAGACAUGGCGCAAGCACCAGCUUGGCCUGAUGCAAGCCAGCCAGUCCUGCAGCCUGCUGGAGCCCGAGGCCUUGGGGGACGCUCUGGUCUCACGCACGGCCAGCUUUGACAUCCUCUAUGAGCCAGGGUCCCGGGAGGCGGAGGCCGGCUUGGGCUUUGAGGGGAGCAGUACUUUUGACCUGGGACUGAGCCAGUACAUCCCGGUGAGCCCAGAUGUGAUUAAGCGCCGGAGGGGCGGGCUGAUCGAACAGCGGGACAUCAUCAAGGCGCACGAGGCUCACAAGAUGCAGAGCACACCGCAGGCGAGGCGGAAGGAGUGGGAGAUGGCUCGCUUUGGGGAGGCGGUGGCUGGCCGCCUGGGAUCCGGAGAUGCGAGCUCUGAACAGAACAGGAUCCGCCAAGGACCCCCCGCGCCUUCCGGAGCGACCCCGGGAGUCAAGCAAACCAAAGCGCAGAGGGCCAGGACUAUGGCUCUGUACAACCCCAUUCCAGUCCGACAGAACUGCUUCACAGUCAACAGAUCCCUCUUCCUCUUUGGGGAAGAUAACAUGGUCAGGAAAUACGCCAAGAAGCUCAUCGACUGGCCGCCCUUUGAAUACAUGAUCCUGGCCACCAUCAUUGCAAACUGCAUCGUCCUAGCGCUGGAGCAGCACCUCCCCGAGGAUGACAAGACACCCAUGUCCCGACGACUAGAAAAGACAGAGCCUUACUUCAUUGGGAUCUUUUGCUUUGAAGCUGGAAUUAAAAUAGUUGCUCUGGGAUUUGUUUUCCACAAGGGCUCAUACCUCCGGAAUGGCUGGAACGUCAUGGACUUCAUCGUGGUCCUCAGUGGCAUCCUCGCCACGGCUGGAACUCACUUCAACACCCAUGUGGACCUGCGGACCCUGAGAGCGGUGCGUGUGCUCAGGCCUCUGAAGCUCGUCUCAGGCAUUCCCAGCUUACAGAUCGUGUUGAAGUCCAUCAUGAAGGCCAUGGUGCCCCUUCUCCAGAUAGGCCUCCUGCUCUUUUUCGCAAUUCUGAUGUUCGCCAUCAUCGGCCUGGAGUUCUACAGUGGGAAACUGCACCGAGCUUGCUACACAAAUAAUUCAGGUGAACUGGAAGAACUGGAUCCCCCACAUCCGUGUGGGGUGCAGGGAUGCCCCUUGGGUUACGAGUGCAAGGAGUGGAUUGGUCCCAACGACGGGAUCACUCAGUUUGACAACAUCCUCUUUGCUGUGCUGACUGUCUUCCAGUGCAUUACCAUGGAAGGGUGGACCACAGUGCUGUACAAUACCAAUGAUGCCUUAGGAGCCACCUGGAACUGGCUGUACUUCAUCCCCCUCAUCAUCAUCGGCUCCUUCUUUGUUCUUAACCUUGUCCUGGGAGUGCUUUCCGGGGAAUUUGCCAAAGAGCGAGAGCGGGUGGAGAACCGCAGAGCCUUCAUGAAGCUGCGUCGCCAGCAGCAGAUCGAACGCGAAUUGAAUGGCUAUAGGGCCUGGAUAGACAAAGCAGAGGAAGUAAUGCUGGCUGAAGAGAAUAAAAAUGCUGGGACAUCAGCCUUGGAAGUGCUCAGGAGAGCAACCAUCAAAAGGAACCGGACAGAAGCAGUGAAUCGUGACUCGAGUGAAGAGCAUUGUGUCGAUAUCUCCUCCGUAGGUACCCCUCUCGCUCGUGGCAGCAUCAGGAGUGCUAAAGUGGAUGGCGCCUCCUAUUUCCGGCACAAGGAGCGACUUCUGCGCAUCUCUGUUCGCCAUAUGGUGAAAUCCCAAGUGUUUUAUUGGACCGUCUUGAGCUUGGUGGCUCUCAACACUGCCUGCGUAGCCAUUGUCCAUCACAACCAGCCCCCAUGGCUCACCCACCUCCUCUACUAUGCAGAGUUCCUGUUCCUUGGGCUUUUCCUCCUGGAGAUGUCCUUAAAGAUGUAUGGAAUGGGGCCGCGCCUUUACUUUCAUUCCUCUUUCAACUGCUUUGACUGUGGGGUCACAGUGGGAAGCAUCUUCGAAGUGGUCUGGGCUAUCUUCAGACCAGGAACCUCUUUUGGGAUCAGCGUCUUACGAGCCCUCCGUCUUCUGAGAAUAUUUAAAAUAACAAAGUAUUGGGCAUCCCUGAGGAAUUUGGUGGUCUCCCUGAUGAGCUCCAUGAAGUCGAUAAUCAGCUUGCUCUUCCUCCUUUUCCUCUUCAUUGUUGUCUUCGCUCUGUUGGGAAUGCAGCUGUUUGGAGGCAGAUUUAAUUUCAUGGAUGGGACUCCUUCUGCAAACUUCGACACCUUCCCUGCAGCUAUCAUGACAGUGUUUCAGAUCCUGACAGGUGAGGACUGGAAUGAGGUGAUGUACAACGGGAUCCGCUCCCAGGGUGGAGUCCGCUCAGGCAUGUGGUCCUCCAUCUACUUCAUCAUCCUCACCUUGUUUGGAAACUACACUCUGCUGAAUGUGUUCUUGGCCAUCGCUGUGGACAACCUAGCCAAUGCCCAGGAGCUGACAAAGGAUGAGCAGGAGGAAGAGGAGGCUUUUAACCAAAAGCAUGCUCUGCAGAAAGCCAAGGAAGUCAGCCCGAUGUCUGCUCCAAACAUGCCUUCCAUUGAAAGGGACAGAAGGAGGAGACACCACAUGUCGAUGUGGGAGCCACGCAGCAGCCAACUGAGGGACAGGAGAAGGCGACAUCACAUGUCGGUCUGGGAGCAGCGUACCAGUCAGCUCCGCAGGCACAUGCAGAUGUCCAGCCAGGAGGCCCUCAACAAGGAUGCCCCUCCCUUGAUUAACCCUCAUGCCAGCAUAUUCAGGAGGAAAAUUCCUGGGGAAAAUGUAACCUUGGAGAAGGGUGAAGAGGGUCAUGGAGGCAGCACAGAGCACCAGCAGGUGGAAUGCCUGGACCAACCCAUCGCAGGCACCAACUCAUGCCCAAGCACCAAAGAGGACCAGAAAAGCCCAUCCCCUCGAGCCAAGAGAGACAGGGAACAAUGGCAUCAGAAAUCAUGCCACGGGAACUGUGAUCUGACUGAGCAGGAUGGGGCAGGGAGAGGAGGGGGAGGGGGAGGCGCAGGGAUUGAAGACCGAGCACGGUUGAGGCAGAGCCAGAGGCGCAGCCGGCACCGGAGAGUGAGAACUGAGGGGAAGGAGCCAUCUGGGGCCCUGGAGAGCAGGUCAGCCAGCCAAGAGGCUGGCCUGGAGGAAGCCAAUCCCACGGAAGGAGAGCAGGCCAGAAAUGAAGGGGGGAAGGAGGACACGAAUCAGGAGGAGCCACUGGCAGGCGAGGAGCUGAACAGAACCAAUGAAAUCCCAGCCUGUGAUGCUGCCUUUGAUGGGGCUAUGCAGGAAGUGAGCCCCCUCAAAGUCCCCCAUGAGCUCAACGAGGAGAAGAACACUAGUUUGACAGAGCAAGAUUGCAGCGGCCUGGACACCAGUGACCAAGCCCUGCUGGGCAGCUUGCAGAUGGAGAUGAGCAGAACCGUCAGCAGGAGCGAACCCGAGCUGUCCUCCGUCACGGCCAACACGGAGAAAGCCACUGAGAGCACCGCCAUCAUGAUUGAUGUCCAAGACUCCACUGUGGUACAGAUUAGCAACAAGACGGAUGGAGAAGCCAGCCCCUUAAAGGAGGCAGAGACAAAAGAGGAUGAGGGGAAAGAGAAGAAGAAACGGAAGAAGGAGAAAAGCUCAGAGACGGGCAAAGCGAUGGUGCCUCAUAGCUCCAUGUUUAUCUUCAGCACGACAAACCCAGUGCGGAGAGCCUGCCAUUACAUCGUGAACCUGCGCUACUUCGAGAUGUGCAUCCUCCUGGUGAUUGCCGCGAGCAGCAUUGCCCUGGCAGCAGAGGACCCUGUCCUGACCAACUCUGACAGGAAUAAAGUCCUGAGGUAUUUUGACUACGUUUUCACGGGUGUCUUCACCUUUGAAAUGAUUAUAAAGAUGAUAGACCAGGGCUUGAUCCUUCAGGACGGCUCUUACUUCCGAGACCUCUGGAACAUCCUGGAUUUCAUCGUGGUAGUUGGGGCACUGGUGGCUUUUGCCUUGGCGAAUACAUUGGGGACCAACAAAGGCCGGGAUAUCAAAACCAUUAAGUCUUUGCGUGUGCUCCGGGUCUUGAGGCCCCUGAAGACCAUUAAACGAUUGCCCAAACUCAAGGCUGUCUUUGACUGUGUAGUGACUUCCCUGAAGAAUGUCUUCAACAUACUUAUCGUCUACAAGCUCUUCAUGUUCAUCUUCGCAGUCAUCGCUGUCCAGCUGUUCAAGGGCAAAUUUUUCUACUGUACAGACAGCUCUAAGGACACAGAGAAGGAUUGCAUAGGCAACUACGUGGACCAUGAGAAAAACAAGAUGGAAGUGAAGUGUCGUGAAUGGAAGCGCCAUGAAUUUCACUACGACAACAUCAUUUGGGCUUUGCUUACGCUCUUCACUGUCUCCACUGGAGAGGGGUGGCCACAGGUGCUGCAGCAUUCAGUGGAUGUUACUGAGGAGGACAGGGGGCCCAGCCGCAGUAACCGCAUGGAGAUGUCCAUUUUUUACGUGGUAUAUUUUGUGGUCUUCCCUUUCUUCUUUGUCAACAUCUUUGUGGCUCUCAUCAUCAUCACUUUCCAGGAGCAAGGAGACAAAAUGAUGGAGGAGUGCACUCUGGAGAAGAACGAGAGGGCGUGCAUUGACUUUGCCAUUAGUGCCAAACCUCUCACGCGCUACAUGCCUCAAAACCGACACACCUUCCAGUACCGUGUCUGGCAUUUUGUGGUCUCCCCAUCCUUUGAGUACACCAUCAUGGCCAUGAUAGCACUGAAUACCGUGGUGCUGAUGAUGAAGUACUAUUCUGCUCCCUACACAUAUGAGCUGGCUCUUAAGUACCUGAACAUUGCAUUUACCAUGGUGUUCUCAUUGGAAUGCGUCCUGAAGAUCAUAGCUUUUGGCUUCCUGAAUUAUUUCCGGGACACUUGGAACAUCUUUGACUUCAUCACUGUGAUUGGCAGCAUCACCGAAAUCAUCUUGACAGACACCAAGCUGGUGAACACCAGCAGCUUCAACAUGAGCUUCCUGAAGCUGUUCCGGGCUGCUCGCCUCAUCAAACUGCUCCGCCAGGGCUACACCAUCCGUAUCCUGCUGUGGACCUUUGUGCAGUCCUUCAAGGCCCUCCCAUAUGUCUGUCUCUUGAUCGCUAUGCUUUUCUUCAUAUAUGCAAUCAUUGGGAUGCAGGUUUUUGGGAAUAUCAAAUUAGAUGAAGAAAGCCACAUUAACCGUCACAACAACUUCCGCAGCUUCCUGGCCUCCCUUAUGCUCCUUUUUAGGAGUGCCACGGGUGAGGCAUGGCAGGAGAUCAUGCUGUCAUGCCUGCAAGGCAAAGGCUGUGAGCCAGACACCACGGCAACGUCCGGACAGCACGAGAAUGAGCACUGUGGAACGGAUCUGGCUUACGUGUACUUUGUCUCCUUCAUCUUCUUUUGCUCCUUCCUGAUGCUCAAUCUGUUUGUGGCUGUCAUCAUGGACAAUUUUGAAUACCUGACUCGGGAUUCCUCCAUCCUGGGGCCUCAUCACUUAGAUGAGUUUGUCCGGAUCUGGGCGGAGUAUGACAGAGCUGCGUGUGGCCGCAUCCAUUACACUGAGAUGUAUGAAAUGCUGACUCUCAUGUCACCACCGCUAGGCCUCGGCAAGAGAUGUCCCUCCAAAGUGGCCUAUAAGAGGCUAGUGCUGAUGAACAUGCCUGUGGCUGAGGACAUGACGGUCCAUUUCACCUCUACCUUGAUGGCUCUGAUCCGUACAGCACUGGACAUCAAAAUCGCUAAAGGUGGUGCAGACUGGCAGCAGUUGGAUUCGGAGCUGCAAAAGGAGAUUCUGGCCAUCUGGCCUCACCUGUCCCAGAAGAUGCUGGACGUACUAGUGCCCCUGCCAAAAACUUCUGACCUGACCGUGGGCAAAAUAUAUGCAGCCAUGAUGAUCAUGGACUACUAUAAGCAGAGCAAAGCAAAGAAGCAGAAACAGCAGCUGGAGGAACAGAAAAAUGCCCCUAUGUUCCAGCGCAUGGAGCCCUCAUCUCUGCCUCCAGAGAUCCUUUCUAAUGCCAAAGCUUUGCCUUACCUCCAGCAGGACACCCUUUCAGGCCUGAGCAGCCGAAGUGGGUACCCGUCGCUGAGUCCACUCUCUCCUCAAGAGAUAUUCCAACUGGCUUGUAUGGAUUCGACACAUGGGCAGUUCCAGGAGCAGCAAUCUCUGGAGCCAGAGGUUAGAGAGUUUCAAAGCGUGCAGCCCUCUAACCGUGGCAACUAUCUCCCCGUGGACACUCAGGAGCGCGCUGUAUCUGGGAGGGCCUCCUCCAUGCCACGCCUGACUGUGGAUCCCCAGGUGGUUACAGACACAAGCUCUAUGAGACGAUCAUUCUCCACCAUCCGGGACAAGCGUCCUAACAGCUCCUGGCUGGAUGAGUUCUCCAUGGAGCGAAGCAGUGAAAACACGUACAAGUCACGCCGGCGCAGUUACCACUCCUCGCUGCAGCUGUCUGCUCGCCGCCUGAAUGCAGACUCAGGCCACAGGUCCGAGACACAUCGCUCGGGCGGAAGAGAACGAGGACGAUCCAAAGAACGCAAGCACCUGCUAUCCCCAGACAUCUCCCGCUGCAACUCGGAGGAGAGGAGUCCGCAGGCAGAUGGCGAGUCUCCUGUCCGACGCCAGUCCAGGUCACCCAGCGAGGGCAGAUCACAGACGCCAAACAGGCAGGGCACGGGCUCGCUGAGUGAAAGCUCCAUCCCCUCUAUAUCUGACACCAGCACCCCGAGACGAGGUCGCCGGCAACUCCCUCCGGUCCCCCCGAAGCCACGGCCACUCCUCUCCUAUGCCUCCAUGAUGCGGCACCCUGGUGACACAUCCCCACAACCCGAUGAGAGCGAGGCGGGAUCCCCUCUAUUCUCCCAGGCGCUGGAGACGAAUGACACCUGCCUGACCGAGUCUUCCAGCUCUCCGCAGGGAAAGCAGAGCCGGCACUCCACCCCCCAGCGGUACAUCUCGGAGCCAUACCUGGCCCUGCAUGACGACUCCCAUGCUUCAGACUGCGGUGAGGAGGAGACACUCACCUUUGAGGCUGCUGUUGCCACCAGCCUUGGCCGCUCCAACACCAUCGGGUCAGCCCCUCCCUUGCGGCACGGCUGGCAGAUGCCCAAUGGGCACUACAGGAGAAGGAGAAGAGGGGCAGCGCAGGGGGUGAUGUGUGGGGCUAGCAUCGACGUGCUAAGUGAUACGGAAGAAGAUGACAAGUGCUAGAGGCCGCUCCCUCCCUCUGUUGCAUGCUCUUCGCCACGCGUGGGAAUGAAAUGAACCCAAAAUCAAAUGCAGGAGAAAUAAAAUCUUUGUGCAAAAAAACUUUGAACCCACUGACCCCUCCUCACAUUUUUUCUGCACAAAGAAGCAUUUGAUUCGCUUGCACACCUCUGGUCCAGUAAGGCUCAUGCACCAGUGGGAUGAGUGUGGAAACCAUGGAAAUGCCCCUCCCAAGCAAAACAGGACUUUAUGCCUAUGGGAAACCAAAGGAUGGAUCCGCUGCCAAGCAAAACUCAGCAGAAAGCAGCCAGGACCAUGAGAUUUAUUUGUAUUUGCCUUGGUCCCUUGAAGCUUGGCAAAAGAUCCCAGCAGGCAGCUUUGGGCAUGUUUCAUUUUUCCCUUGGGAAGUCGGAGUGGGAGGAUUGAGACAGAUGUGGUGCCCUUCCAGAGAAAUGGACGCCAUCACUGGGGUUCUCUUGUGCUGCCCGUGGCUUUUGGUUUGCUUCCCAGAUGCAUUAGCGACAAAACUACCAGGAGGAAGGUGGGGUGGGGGCGGGCGGUGGUCCCGGAGCCCAGCAGACAGCCAGCCGCUGCUGUGCAUGGUGGGAGGGGAUGGGUUCAGGUGAAACCAAAACAAAACGGCUUGUACCAUGGGGAGAUUUUGGGAGGAGGGGCUGGGGGCAAUGCUGCUGAAUGUAACCACCUUGCUCAUACAUAUAUUAUUUAUAUACUGAGAACUAUAGGUGUGUGUGUGUAUAUACGGUAUGUGUGUGUAUAUAUAUUUAUAUGCUGUAUAUAUAAAGAUAUACACAUGCAGGUAUUUGUUUUAGUCAGCUGGUGCACGGUAUCUCCAGGGCCACCUUUCUCCCGCAGGACCUCUAGCCAGCAGGCGAACACUUUCUGUUGACUUACAGUAUGGUAUUUUUCCUACCCUGCGUCUUGUUCAGUUGGACAAACGAGGCUGGGUCAGGCCCCUUUCCCCCUCCCUGGAAGAUGGCAGACCUGUUGUUUGAAAUGCAAAAUACAGUUGUAGGUGGAUUUAAAACAAAAGGAAACGCCUCCCAGGAGAUAUUAACAUGAGUGGCGGUUUUAUUGCUGGGCUGUGAUUUUUGCAUGUGGUUGAGCACCAGCUAGACUGAGGGUCUGAGUGUGUGCCAAAGAAGUUACCACUUCACGGUUUACACUUGGACACCUAUCUGAGUUCCUUGCUGGGCUAUGGGACUAUGAAAAUCUAGAGAAAGGAGUGGGAAUAUCUCUUUACACCAAUACCUCCCCACUUCCUCUCAUGUGUGCGGCUGGCCUGGCACCAUACUCUCUUCCUUGCGGUUCAGGUGCCUCUGCGUUUCACUGAUGCAUGGACAGAAUAUGCACUAGGGGUCUGACCAAAGCUUCCAAAGUCAGUGGAAGUGUUCCCACAAAUAUCAGUGGGCUUUGGAUCAGGUUCUGAUUGAUGCCCCUUUGUUCUGACUGAGUGUGAAAGUGUUGUGUACUGGCAGACUGCUUUGGCAAACAUGAGCAGGUUCUUCCCUAACGAGCCACCCUAGUGCCAGUUGAGCAGGGCUAGGUGAUGCAGAUAAGUACAUAAAUCUCUGCCCAGCCCAGUCCUAACCCAAGAGACCCAGAGGAAAUGCAUCCACCCUCUCGAACAAUGAAACUGAAGGAGUGAGCACAGUACUUUUCAAAACCAGACUAAUUGAUGUAGAGAGAGGGGGUGGAAGGUGCAGAUGGAAAGCAUGGCCAUUGGGGUUGAGCCCUUCUCCCCUCCCCAUUCCCCAAGCAGCUUCAUCGCUGCAUGGAGGGACACUUAGGACACUUAGGCAUAUUAGCCUUUCAAGAUCUCCUGCAGAGGCAAUGCUACAGACUGAAUCCAGUCCCCACGUCCCUACUGGGAAAAAUGAGGGCAGCAUCCUUUAUUUCCCAAGUUCAGGUGCAGGACUGGAGGAUUUAGCUUCUCAUCUCUUCUCAAUUUGCCAUGAGCUGUGAGACCCCAGUCAGUUUCCAAAAUCUUAACCUUCCUGCCUCGUGGCCUGCUGCCUACUCUUCCACUGGCAAAUUACGGGCACUCUGGAGCAGUUCUAGGCAGAAUGUUCUCCCCCAAGUCACAAACAGAUUGGCACCAUCAUUGUGCCUUCAAUCUCAUAUGGAUUGAAGAAGGUUUCUUUGAGAAGCUUUAAAAUAUACAUAUGAAGUACCUAAUGGGACAGUGUCAUGCAAGCGGGGUUUUAUUAGCAUUGUCUUGAGAAGGUUACAUUACUCAGGGGUUAAUUGUCAGCUCAACCCAAACCAAGGGCCUCUUCAACCUUUCCAUUACACCAUCGUGCAUUAUGCCAUGCAGUGUACAGAAAAAAUCCAUUUGGAGCAAGUUUUAGACAGGUAUAUUAGGACUGUUUAUUGUAUCCCUUCACCUGUUAGCCAGGUGCAACAGGACUUAAAAUGAGCUUUAUUAACCAUAAAAAUGUCAUGGCUGCAAGACCCAGUAUCUCAUCACCUUCCAGAGCUAGGAGAAGCAUGCUGUGUAUCUUGCUGAGAAUCUCCCCUCUCCAAUGGGUUAAGGAGCCAUGGGGGUUAGGCACCCACAUCACAUUGGAAGGUCAGUGAACGUUGGGCACCUAACUCCCAUUUGAGUCUUUAAAAAUCUGCCCUUAAAGCUCCCAUUUCUAGCACUUCAGCAUUACAUAGUAUUUGGCCAUCGAGCUGUCCCUGCAUCAGGAAUGAUUAUCACCUGUCAAGGGGCCUCUGCCCAGUCUAAUUAUGAUAGGGAGAAAUUCGACAUUUAGGGGCAAGAAGAAACAAUUCUGUGGCAGAUUGAUUUGAGGAGCUGCUCAAGGUUUUCGGCUGUUAGAAGUCAUCCUGGUGUGAGGAUGGAUUAGUGGACAGAGUGCAAGCAAGGGGAAUGAAGGAGCAAGAUCAGUGUAGUUUAUUGCAUGGUUAUGCCAUUUUUCUCCCAUGGCUCUGCCACCUAUCCCAUAGCUCUGCAAUUCUGCACGUGCAUAGCAUCUCAGUCUGUGGGAGGAGGACGAGGGAGCGCGUUUAUUCUAUAUGACAUGGCUUUCAUGUAAACAGGACUUAUUUUCCCUCAGAAGGUGUGUUUCUAGGCACGUGCUCUGUUUCUAGGCACGUGCUCUGUCUUCUGUCUUUCAGUGAUAAUCUUCAAAGGAAACACAUAAGUAAUCAGCCAUGUGUGCUGUCCCCAAUGUGCAGUACCCAGCACAAGUCCUUCAGAGGACCCAAAGAACUGAUUUAGCAAAUCAACAAUUUCUUCUCCCUUUCAGUGGCCUUUAUGCAGAAAUUGAGGUAGGAGGCUGAUUUUCACUUUCGGUUUUAGGCUGUUCAGGCCUUGGUUCAGCAAUCCAUCCCUCUCCAGCAAAGCAUGCUUAACUACGCUGAAUUAGGAUGGAUUUAAGCAUAUGCUUAGAUGCUAUACUGAACUGGGACCCAAAUGCACUAAGGAUAUGCGAGUGCAGACCAAAAGCUUACCCGGCAGGCAGGACUGGAUUGGAAUGGAUUUGUCUGCAGUUAGUUUGUGGCUGGCCUGGUCUGCUUGAAAAUUGAAAUUUUCCUUUCCUAAAGUCCAGCUAUGCCACAAAAUAAAUCCAGUCUGAGAGGGGAGGGCUGGCCGCCCACGCUUCCAGUGUUCCCAGGAUGAUUUGGCCCCUCCUGUCCACAUACACGUGCAAAUGGAAGGGAACAAACGAGCAAUAAGCAGCUGGCAAUAUAAUGGUGUGGGUAUUAUUAUAUAGCAACUUUUGUUUUAAGGUACCUGUACAGAUAAAUGGGCUAAAAUCCUGCUCCUGCUGAGAGUGGUGAGGUGGAGAGUGCAAGCGGAUUCAGCAUAAGGGAUGCUGGUAGACUCCGGGAUUGUCCGGCUGUAGGAAGAGGGUUGAGCAGAGUAUGGGUGAGUAAGCCUGCCUGCUGUACUGCAGUGCAGCAUAUGCAGGACGAGUGUGCUUAUCUGUAGAGUUCAUGAAGUUGAGUCAUCUGGGACAACUUCCUAAUACAGGAAUACAGCGUAUGGCUAAAUUCCAGCUCCAGCUGUAACUUCUCUGUAAUUCUGUUCUGCCAGCCUGAAUUCCCCCUGUGGUUUUAAAUGUGUGUUCUCUGCUGUGCUCACUGUAGCAGAGGGUAGGGUAGCUGUAGUGUAGGAUAGCUGUUUUGUUUCCACCCCAGAGGUGGUUGCAUUUCAGUAGGGCGAGGAGUGAUCUUUGUACAAGUCAGUGGGAGUUUUGCCAUUCAUUUCAGCAGGACUAGACUUUGGCUUGGGGGCUGUAUAAAUGUUUUGGGACCGAAGAUGCUAUGUAAUUAUAAUACUCAAUGUACUAUAUUACUCGGGCCAGUUGUGAUGGCUGAAUUGUGCAUCUACAGUUACGUUGGUGUGCCUUGUCAGACUAGGAGGGGAUGCUGUGCUCUGAAGGCACGUGUUUGGGGUGCUUUAACUGGGAAGUGUGAGCACGUGGCCCUUAGCUUCUUGCAAUCAUGCCCUCGUUUCUGUCAGAGGGUUAUUGUGUUUUAGUUUGUCCAUGUUGUGCAGCAGCCUCAGCCACCCAAAUCCUAACUCUAGACAAGUGACAUUUAAUUCUGCACCACCCACUAGAUAAGCUACAGCUCGGUCCUUAGAAAUCCCAUUGGCAUUCGCUGACCUGAAACUGGAAGUGAAGAUCAGCCUCCCACAUCAUUUUCUGAGUUUCUGAAAAAAUGUUUCAAUGAAAAAUGUCAGCCAGCUCUAAGAACUACCCAGUUCUCGAGGGGAGAGAUUGGGGAAAAGAUCCGUAUUCUAGGUGCCAAAUGCUUUCACUGCUUAUCUGUGCCCUUGUGCCUCACUCCAAGGAAUGACUGUCCCUCUCUCCUGUGUGCCAAAUCCUCUUGCCACCCCCAAACACCCCCAACAAGCUACCCAGUUCCUCCCCAGCCAUCCUAACCCUCUCUUAGUUAUCUGACCCUCUCGCUGUCCCUAAACAAGUGAUGAAUCCAUCCCUGCACAGCUCUUUUGGCUGGUUAAUUCACACAAAGCAUCCCUAAAAGUGAUCUAGACCCCCUUUUCCGGCGGCUUAACUUCUCUCAGCAAGCAAGCCCACUCUUCUGUCAGCUCCCAUCCUGUCUAGUUGCUAGGUCUCAUCCUGCUGGACUGUAAUGAGGGUUAACCCAAGGUCCAAAUGACUGCCCAGUAAUUCACUGCCAUCUGAAACCUCUUUGCAGGAUCUCUCUACCUCAUUAUGUUUGAUCUCAUUAGCCCACCUGCCAAACCAUACAGAAAUGUAGCAGUUUCAUUUAUUGUGUUGCUUGGUUUUAAUUUGUCAGGCACCAGAUGAUAGGGGGAUGGGUGCAUUUAAAAACAUACAAACAGUGAUUAAAGGGCUGGGCUGUCAUUGUCAGGGCUAGGCAUGUGGCUCUGACUUUCAGUGUUUUCGGGGGGUGGGGCAUUUUGUGUUUUGAGCAGAGGGCCCUCUCAGGGGCUUUAGACUCAGGUUGGUAGAGAAGGGCCUGAGUUGCUGCGCUGGGCUGUGUGAAUUCAGCUCAGAGAGUUGGGGCUGUCUGGGUCUGGCUCAGGCUCAUCUCCGAUAUGGAGCUUUCACUUGCCGAUCUGUUUGCCGUUAUAAAGAGCUUUUGGUGGCUUCUCGACAGUAUGAAGAGCAUCUCUCCUGCAAUUUGCAGUUCCAUUUAUUGCCCAGGAAGCUCACAAGAGCAUUUUCGAACCCCAGGGAGAGGCAGGCAGCAGAGACCUUGGAAACAUAUCUGCUGGACCAGCUGUCAGCCAGGAGAAUGCAGCACAGGCCCCAUUGCGUAUGGAUCCAGGCCCAUGGAUUUCCUUUCACUCUUUUAAGUCCUUCAUUUAGCCAAAAUGUAAAGACUCGUGCAGGGGAUUUCCUGACUCAAAUCUUUCCAUGUAAAGUGAAUCUGGAGAAGGUACAGCUGUCUACCAGCAGCAGCCACUGUCUCUGCAGCUCUGAGCCAGUAACUACCUGAGCCCCUGCCACUUUGGGGCAACACACAACACCCCCAAGGAGACUUGAACAAAGACCCUUUUGGUCCACGGGCAGUGCCAGAUGAUCCUCCACCUGGCUGCUGGACUUUUCUUGGCUAGAUGUCGUUCCCCCUGUGCAUCACAGCUCCUUGGAGCUUGAUGCCUCUCAAGUUAGGUGAAGUGCAGUGAGUCCCAGGUAGGGUUGCCACGUGUCCGGUUUUUUAUUGGAACGCCCGGUCAAAAAGGGACCCUGGCGGCUCCAGUCAGCACUGCUGACCAGACUGUUAAAAGUCCAGUUGGUGUGGGACUGGCAGGCUCCCUACCUGUGCGGCUCCUCAGAGGAGGCAACAUGACCCUUGGCUCCUAGGCAAAGGGAUGGCUGGGAACCAUGGCCAAUGGGAGCUGCAGAGGUGGCGCCCGUGGGCAGAGGCA